AUGGAAGCAGCAACAGCAGCAGCAAAACCGCUCUCAGGAGCAGCAGCAGCAGCAGCAGCAGCAGCAGCAGAGGCAUCAAAGAAAGGACAGAAAGUAUGGCCUUGGCCGGGGCGAGGCAAGGAAGGAGAGUACUGGGCGCCUAAUGUCACGAGCACUACCCUCUGGCAGGCCGACUUCUCGCUGUUGUUUGAGUGGAGCAAUGAGGUGUCUGUACACCCCAAACGCAAACGCACCACCACCAUUGGCUCCCUUGGUACCUAA